CUCUGCACACGAGUUGUGUAAAGUUGGAAGGUCUGGAGGACCUGAUGGAGGACCAGCGAGACCAAGAACUGUGGGCGAUGAUGAACGAUUCAUGGACCAACUCGAGUCGCGGUGGAAACGACACGGGUACCAGGAACCAGACCGGCGUGAACCCCCUGAAGCGGAACGAGGAGGUGGCCAAAGUGGAGGUGACUGUUCUUGUCCUCGUCCUGCUGCUCGCGUUGGCCGGUAACUUUUGCGUCCUCUUGGCUAUACAUACGAGCAAGCACAGCCACUCUCGAAUGUACUACUUCAUGAAACACCUCAGUAUUGCGGACCUGGUGGUGGCAAUCUUCCAGGUCCUCCCGCAGCUCAUAUGGGACAUUACAUUUCGCUUCUACGGGUCUGAUUUACUGUGCAGGCUGGUGAAGUACCUACAGGUUGUCGGGAUGUUCGCGUCCACCUACAUGCUUGUUCUAAUGUCCAUAGACAGAUGCUUGGCGAUAUGUCAGCCCCUCCGCUCUCUGCACAAGAGGAAGGACUGUUUUUAUGUGAUUGCUUCUUGGAUGCUUAGUCUGGUUUUCAGUACCCCUCAAGUGUACAUAUUUUCCUUGAGGGAGGUGGGCAACGGAGUUUAUGACUGUUGGGGAGACUUCGUAGAACCCUGGGGCGCCAAGGCGUACAUUACAUGGAUUAGUCUUACAAUCUACAUCAUUCCAGUGGCUAUUUUAAGUAUUUGCUAUGGCCUGAUAAGUUUUAAAAUAUGGCAAAACUUUAAAAUGAAAACCAGACGGGAUCAGUGUAUGUCUCUGACACCGCGGACGUCCAAAGGUGCAGCGCUCUCUCGGGUGAGCAGCGUGAGGCUCAUAUCAAAAGCGAAGAUCCGAACUGUCAAAAUGACUUUUGUCAUUGUCGUAGCUUAUAUUGUUUGCUGGACUCCUUUUUUCUUCGUACAAAUGUGGUCGGCAUGGGACCCUGCUGCACCCAGAGAAGACAUUGCGUUCAUCAUUGCCAUGCUGCUGGCCAGUCUGAACAGCUGCUGUAACCCGUGGAUCUAUAUGUUCUUCGCUGGCCACCUGUUCCAUGACCUGAUGAGGUGCUUCAUCUGCUGCUCCUCACAGUACCUGAAGGCCUCCCAGUGCGGAGGGUGUGACCGCCAGCAGAGCCGCAGGAGCGUCUCCACCUCCACCUCCACCUUCGUCAUCAAGAACCAUAGUAGUCAGAGGAGCAUCACUCAGACCACCAGCACAUGAGGAGUGAGGACCAUGGAGGAGAUGAGUUGGGGUGGGACAGGAACUCACUACUACCGAAAGCCCUUCUUCAUAUCAGUCAAAGAGGGGGUUGCAUGGUGAAGACUUAGAUCUUCACCAUGCAAUGCUUAUCGAUGGGGUGGGCCAGAUACCAGCAAGAGGUGCAGCACACAGAUCUCCAGCACAUAAGACCAUGAAGAGAGGUUAAGUUGCGUACUCUAAACCUGAAAGACCUUCAUCCGAGGCUUGGUGUGGGCCAGGUACCCCUGUAAGACCAGGGCCUCGUUUCCCAGAGCCUUUGUAGCGUUAAGAUCAUCGUUAGAAUGAUCUUACGAUGUAUCUUUAGUAGCCAAGCUGUUUCCCAAAACCAUCAUUACUAAAAUUGCACUUGAAAACCCUCAUUCGUUUCCGAAUGCCUCAGACCACUCGUAGAACAGCUAAGUGCAUCGUUAGUGCGCAUUGCCCUUUUAUUCACAGAAUAUCUUAGCCUAAAACAUCUUGAUUCUAUGUUCAGCUCUCUGUCUGACUGUGACCGCCGAUAACUUCUGAACGAAGUUCAAUACAGAUAUAAAGUUGCCCAAGUAUUUGCCAUUGUUAUAAGUGGAGGAUAAAACAAUGCUUCAAAUUAAAACUAAGAUGACUUCAUUGAAAGAUACAUGGGCCUAUUCAGUGCCUUCAGAAAAUGUUCGCACCCCUUGACUUUUCCCACAUUUUGUUCUGCUACAGCCAGAUUUGAAAUAUCCCAUAAUAUCAAAGUGGAAUUGUGCUUUUGAAAAUGCAUAAAAAAAUGAAAAGCUAAAAUGUUUUGAGUCAAUAAGUAUUCAACCACUUUGUUAUGGGAAGUCUAAAUAAGUUCAGGAGUAAAAAUGUGCUUAAUAAGUUACAUAAUAAUUUGCAUCGAGCCACUUUGUGUGCAAUUAUCUGUAAAGUCCCUCAGUCGAGCAGUGAAUUUCAAACACAGAUUCAACCACAGAGAUCAUGCGGUUUUCCAAUUCCUCGCAAAGAAGGACACCUAUUGGUAGAUGGGUAAAAAAAAAAAAAAAGCAGACAUUGAAUAUCCCUUUGAGUAUGAUGAAGUUAUUAAUUACACUUUGGAUGGUGUAUCAAUACAACAAGUCACUACAAAGAUACAGGCGCCCUUCAUAACUCAGUUGCAGAAGAGGAAGGAAACCACUUAGGGAUUUCACCAUGAGGCCAAUGGUGAUUUUAAAACAGUUACAGAGUUUAAUGGCUGUGAUACGAGAAAACUGAGGAUGGAUCAAUCACAUUGUAGUUACUCCACAAUACUAACUUAAAUGACAGUGAAAAGAAGGAAGCAUGUACAGAAUAAAAAUAUUCCAAAACAUGUGUCCUUAUUGCUAAAUGGCACUAAAAGUAAAACUGCUAAAAUUUUGGCCAAGAAAUUAACUCUAUGUCCUGAAUACGAAGUGUUAUGUUUGGUGCAAAUCCAACACCUCACUUAGUGCCACUUUUCAUAUUUCAAACAUGGUGGUUCUGCAUCAUGUUAUGGGUAGUGUAUGCCUGUUAUCGUCGGUUAUAACAUUUACUCUGUGUUUUAGUCUCACAAACCUCUCCAGCACGUUACUGAAAUCCCUCUAAAAUGAACAUUUUCUGAGGAAGAAAUGUAUUUUGCCCAUAAGUUGUUGCCCAUAGGUCAAGUUAUGGUAUGUCUUUGUAGCACACAUAUUCAUUCCUGAUUCAUUUUAGUUUUCCAUAUACUGUACAGCUGAUGAUCAGACUGUCAGUCAAUGUGUACCAUAAAUCAAAUUAUUUCAUCUCCACCUGUAUGGCUUUUUAAGGAAAAUAUUAAAAGAGACUGUGGUUCCGCGCAAACCUUUCCCCUACUAC